CUAAUCAGAGCAGAGCGGGUCCAAACGGGGCUGGAGAGGAGGAUUUGGGGGAGCACCAUUGUAGUGUUUUGAGCAGAAGACGAGGAAAUACGAAACUGGGGCGUUUUCUAGAUUACAUCUUACAGAAUUAGCUGGGUUUGGCUGGAAUUGCUGGUUUCAUUCAAUUGCACAGGUCGCAUCCUCGGCGUUGUAGUGAUCUCCAGGCCGCAGGGCUUCAGGAUGAGGUCGUUCACCGCUGCGGUGAUGAUGCUGCUGCUGCUGACUGUUCAGCUGCUCUGUUUUGGGCAGAUUUCAGCUGAUCAGGAGACAGGGACGGUAAUCCCUGCAGAAAGUCGGCCCUGUGUGGACUGCCAUGCGUUUGAGUUCAUGCAGAGAGCACUGCAGGAUCUGAAGAAGACAGCUUUCAACCUGGACUCACGGACAGAGAAUCUGGUGCUGAGAGCUGAGAGGAGGGCGCUGUGUGACUGCAUGCCUGUCAGCACCUUAAACUGAAACGCUGAGCCACUGCCAUGUCCAUCACAGCACUGCUGGAAAGCUUUCAGGCCAUUACACUCUUAUACUUCUCAACUUAUUCACUUUCGCACUUUCUAUUCCUCUGUGAUCUGAGCAACCUUUCGAAUUUUGCAUUAAUAUUAAUAAAAAACACAACACUAGCAUUUGAAAAACAAGCUGAAAUGCGUGAGCCAAUACUGUCCCAGUGAGUGAUGUUAGAGUUUUAGCCUACAUCUUAUAGAUUUUAUAUAAUAAAUGUUGUGGUUAUAUGUUGAAUGUUGAAAGUCAGAUGUUUAUGUUGUUGUUGCUGUUUUGAUAAGAUCUUCCGACUAUCGAUAAUGUGGAAAGGACACAACCUACAGCAUAUGAUUUGCACAGUAGAAUUGUUGGGUUUCGUCACUCUAUUUAUGAUACUUUGUUUAGCUGUAAGAAAAUGACAUGACCAAUAUUAGAUAUGCACCAGAUAAUAUAGAUGUAUUUUCCUGUAGAGAGUCUGUAGAGAGAAAAGGUAAUUAAAAAGAGUUAAUUUGUAAUACAAUAAGGUGAAAUGUUCUGAAAUGGCCUUGUUUUGAGUUUGUUGUGCAAAAAAAAUAAUUUAUAAUAAAAUGAUACAGCAAAUUUGCCAGAAUUACAUUAACACUGAGUGGUAACGUUUCAUUUAACACCCAACAGUUUUGAUGUAAAAUGGGCAAAUGUACUGUAUCUGAACCUGCAUGAAGAUAUGUUAUAUCUGUUUUAUCUAGAGAUGUUUUGUCCGUUAAUACGCCAUACCUAGUCCAAUAUUCUGCAGCUGUUAGUUAGUUAAAUGUAAUGCAGAUAAUGCUGAUCUGUCAAAAGCAUUGGAUCACUGAAUGUAGCUGAUAUAAACUGUGGGUUUAGAAAAUCGCUCGCUGUUUUGUUGUCAUGUUACUAACUUUUGUAACUUGUAAAGACUUCAUUUAUAUAAACAUACAUGUUUCAAAUGGAAUUAAAGUUCACACAAGCACUGUAUACCAGGAUGAAAUUUA